GGACAUCACGCAUGCAGCAGUCGAUACCAACACCAAGCACAACCCGUCCAGAGGAGAACGAGAGCCAUCCACGACACGGCAAGAUGCAGAUCUUCGUGAAGACGCUGACCGGGAAGACCAUCACGCUCGAGGUGGAGUCCUCAGACACCAUCGACAACGUCAAGGCAAAGAUCCAGGACAAGGAAGGUAUCCCGCCGGACCAGCAGCGCCUCAUCUUUGCAGGGAAGCAGCUUGAGGAUGGCCGCACUCUGGCCGACUACAACAUCCAAAAGGAAUCCACGCUUCACCUGGUGCUGCGCCUCCGCGGCGGCAGCAGAGGUGGAUACCCCAAGAACCUUGAGCCCAACCUCCGCAUCCUUGCUCAAAAGUACAAUGAGAACAAACUAGUCUGCCGCAGGUGCUAUGCACGCCUACCCGCCAGGGCCACCAACUGCCGUAAGAAGAAGUGUGGCCAUAACAAUCAGCUAAGGGAAAAGAAGAGGUUUAUGUCCAAGUUUGCGAAUGCUUCUUAAACAUUGGAAAUGCGUCUGGAGCCAUAUAGACUGGAUUUUAAGUUCUGUCCUAGUUUGAAGUCAUGUUGGAUUUUGCUGAAUCGUCUAGCGUCGUCAUAUAUAUUGGAGUCUAAGUUUUGUCCAGUUGAUAGUCCUCUUGGAUUUUGAACCUAUGGAUGCUUUGGAAUAUAUUAUCUAUCAAAUAUCUUGAUUUA